AUGACCAUUGGCCGUCGCCAGAGUCGGCUUCUGGUUGCCCUUGCCCUGUGCCUGGGCCUUUCUUUGUGGUCACUGCCGCUGCCGUCUCUCGCUGCCUUCAACUCCGCCUUUCCGCGGCGCGCGGCGCUGGGGGCGCUGGGGGCUUUGGGGACCGCACCGGCCGCGGCAGGGCCAACGGCGCCCCGGCCGCCUCUCAAACCUCCCGCGCCAGCAUCUGGUACUAUUUCCGGGGGCGUCUUGCCCUUAACCAUCGGGCUUGGCACCUGCUUGGUCUCCGAGGGAGACGUGACCAGGCAGGUGUCCUCCGCCUUGGAUGUGGGAUAUCGCGUCAUCGACACUGCGCAGAGGUACGGCAACGAGGCCGGCAUCGGCCUGGCCUUGAAAGCAGCCUUUGAGAAAGGCCUUAGCCGCGAUGAGGUCUUCGUGACAACCAAGGUCUGGCCCAGCAACUACGGCUUCGACAAGGCAAUCAGCUCUGUGCAGGACUCUGCCAAGAAGCUCGGCCUCGAGGCAAUCGACCUGGUGCUUCCUCAUUGGCCCGGGGUGAGCACCGACUUCGAGGCUGCCGAGACGAAUUUCCAGCUCCGUCAGCAAACCUGGAAGGCCUUGGAACGAAUGAAGAAGGAUGGCUUGGUGAAGCAGAUCGGUGUGUCCAACUAUAACGAUCGACAUCUCACAGAGCUGCUCGACUACGCUGAGACUCUUCCGAUGGCAAGCCAGUUCGAGAUCCAUCCCUUCAACACACGUGAGAGUCUGGUGCAGAAGUGCAAGGAGCUCGGCAUCAGGGUGAAUGCCUACUCGCCACUGGGAGGAAAAGGAAAUCCAAACCAGGUGACAGACAAACUGCUGUCCCUCCAGCUGCUUCAAGACAUCGGUGCCGCACACGGCAAGACUCCAGCGCAGCUUGCACAAGACAUGCAGCAGACGAUUCUGCGGUGGCACCUGCAGCGUGGUGUGACGCCGAUCCCGAAAGCCAGCUCUGCACAGCGCUUGCAAGAGAACUUCGAUGUCUUCGACUUCAAGCUGAGCGAUGAAGAGAUGCAGGAGAUUUCAGAGCUUGAUCGCCGGCGGUUUGCUGUGAUGAACUCUGAGGUCUUCCUGUAG